AUGUGUAUACACGCACGUCUGGGAUGAUGGCUGUAAUUCCCUCUGUGUAGAAAGAUGCUGCGGAGCGAAGUUUGUAAAUAAGGUGAGCGAUAGGAUACCCGCGCAAGGAAGAGUGCUGGCUAAUAUAUUGUCAUUUCUUCUGUCAAACACGAGCCACGCAUCCAGAGGAGCAGCAGCAUUUGCAGGCGGUGCGCCUUUAAGGCCGGCGAGAGGGUGGAGUCUGAUGCGCUGCAACCGCUACAUCUGUUGAAAGUGACCAGAGCCGGAGUUUGUUCAACACCUGUACAGUACCCAGUGACUGCGGCUCCCUGAGAGGCCCAUUCAGCUUCGUGCAGAUCUCGUUGAAGACGAGAAGAAGCAGCAGCAACAGCAGCAGCAGUAUCGACUGGAUAAGGAGUCUGCUACAUUUUUAUUUGCUCUCCCUUAGGCUGAAUUGUAGCCAGGAUGGCGAUGACACACGGCGUCACAUUGACUUUCCUUCUCUCUCUUAUCUGCUACAUUGCAGUUCAAGCCGAGAACGGCAGCAUUACAACCACGGAAGGAACAAAUACCACAGAACUGACUCCUGUGACGCCCAUGUCAUCAAAUUCCACCACAGCAUUGGGAUUAUCGACACUUCAGACAACUGCGCUAAUAUCUACUUCAAAACAAAAUGUGCCCAAUGAAAGCACUACUUCAACAUCCACUUCUGGCCCUGAGGGAGCUUCGGUGCCAUCCACUGUUAUGGUAUCCAAUACAAGCCUUUCAACAAGCACCCUACAUAUUUCAAUGCCCAAUGUAACAUCCUCUUCCACUGAUGAAUAUGUGAGUACAACUGAAAUGCAAACCACUCUUUCAAAUGUAACAUUUAUUACCACAAGUUCACCUGUAAAUAUGACAAAUACAAUAUCAGAGGCUCCAACUAUUCAAACGGCAGCCACAUCUGAGAUGCCAACAAACACUACAGCUAAUGUCACCCAAACCUCAACACUGGAACACACAACCAUCGCUCCGACACAUUAUAAUUCAUCAGCCAGUAUAUCGGCUACAGGUGGACAUAUGAAUUUUACAGUGUCAACAGUAGAUUCCGCAAAUGGAACAUCUAUAGCGGUUACACCAAACAUUACAUCAACCAGCAUACCUGCAACCAUUGAAACCAGUGUAAAUGCUACAGUGCCAGUGACUACUACAGUGCCAAUGAAUGCUACAAGUGAGGCGAUGACUCAGGGUACAGAAGUUUCGAAUUCUACUUGGUCCACAGCACAGACCUCGGCAACACAAUCUGCAGAUCACUGCGCAAUCGUAACCUGUCCUCCAAGCAGUAAAUGUGUGAAUCUUUUUGUGUCGUAUAAGUGUCAAUGUCUCCCUGGGCUCUUCGAAGAAGCAAAUAACUGUGUAACAGCGAGGAUCUUCCCUGGAAUCUUGCACUUAAAAAAUAUCACUUUUACGGAUGACAUGAAAGAAAUAAACUCGAAGGCGUUUUAUGACAUUGCAACAGGCAUAGAGAAAGAGAUGAAGAGUUUCUUCAAAGAUGACAAUUCCUACUACAAAUCUAUUGUUCGGAAGCUUGGAAAAGGGAGUGUCAAAGCCUUUGUUGACAACAUUUUUGCACAUUCUUCCAAAGCAACACUGGAAUCUGUCGACGCAAGUGUCAAAAAUGGCAUCAAAAAUUGUUCAUCCUGUACUCUAGUAUCACGUUCAGACUCUUAUGGUGGUGAAAACAUAUGCAGUCUGAAUCCUUGUGAUGACAGCACCUCUCGAUGUGAAGCAAACAAUGGCAUUGCUAUCUGCAACUGCCUGCCUGGCUACUUCAAGUUCCUUUCUUCUGAUCGAAGCUGCAAAGCUUGUCUAAGUGGAUUUAAGCUUGAAAAUGGAAGUUGUGUGAAGUGUCCAUUUGGUUAUGGAGGAUUUAACUGUGAUAAUUCAUAUUUACUGGCAGUCGUGGUGAUCUCCUGUGUACUGGGUGGUGUCCUCAUCAUUCUGUUGUUGGCCUUAAUCACAACAUGUCUCAGGUCCAGGAAUGGUUCGUGUAGUUCCUCAUCCGGGUCUCACGAUUAUGUAAUGUGGCCCAAAUCUGAGAUGCCGAAGAUUCCUCGUGCCACCAUGCACUGGGAUGGCAAUCAGCUUGAAAUGCAGGAGAACGGAAGCACCAGCAGUUUAAACGAUAUUCAUCGGGAUGGUGGGAGAACGCCUGAGAAGAAUGAUGACCUGAAGACCUUUAAAGGGAAGCAGCAGUCCCGUUAUACCUAUCUCUGCCAGGGUCAAGAGAAUCCAUAUUAUGUCAGUGACGAAAAGAAGCCUGAAUACUUGUAAAAUGAGCAGAAUUGAUUUUGGAGGGAGGAGCAGAUGCUUCUGGAGCAAUUGAAAACAGCCUGACAUUCUUUGUGCCUGUGUGCAUGUUGCAUAGCAAGCAUAAAGGGAAAAAGGGGGAAAAAAUUGAAUUUUGUAAAUUUUUAAGCCAAAUCCUUGGGAAAUAUUUCUAUAGUGAGACAAAUAUGAAACAAAACAUUCAGUUUAUUAUCUCCUAAGCCAAGAAUGGAAUUCUUAUCUCCUGGCCACUAAAAUAUCAGAUGGGAGACUCUGAUUUCCAGUGUUGGCCUAUUGGGACAUCAUCUUUGCCUCUUCUCCCACCACCGUAACAAAAUAGACAGAUUAGUAUUCUAAAUAUAACCACAUGAAGCAGGGAAGGGUACAAGAACCUAGUAAAAUUCUGUGGCUCAUCACAAUUAUUUUGAUACCAACUUGGAGAGGGCAGGGAAUGGUGGCAGGUGUAAGGGCUGGUUGGUGGUUGGAUGGUGGAGACUUACUAUGCUUGGUACCAAGAAUUUCCUUUUUUUGGGUGUUGAAUAUUCAUUUUGCAAUUGUUUUUGUCUUAACUUACUGAUUCAAUACAUUAUUUCCAAACAAUAAUAUCAAAACACGAAGGUUGCUCCUUCAUCAGGCAACAAAUACAUUCAGUGUUGAGCACAAUACUGCAGAUGGUUGCAGUAGGGGGCAAUGUUCUUUCGUAGUGCUGUAAACAGCAUCAGGGAUCUGCACCUGACCACUCCAUUACAAGGAUUCCUUAUAAAUAAAAUGUUAAAUUAGCAAUUUAUUUUAAGUUUCAAGUUAUCUUUUAAAAUGUCAACAUCCCUUGUAGUGACAGCAAAAUUAUAGCAUUUUAACCUUUGUUUGAAUGUAUUUAAACCGGUGGAGAGUUAUGUUUGCCCAGCCACAUCGCUGUGUGUUUCUUCUUUAGUAUGGCAUAGGUGUAUAUUUCUCUUGUUGUGUUUUAAUGGAUGUUUAUUACCAGCUCUUUUUAUAUUGCGCUGCUGUCUUUGGAUGGGCUGGGAUGAGCAAAGCAAUGUGACGUGGCUUUCCUUUUUUAAAAAAAAUCCUUUUUAACCUAGCAAAGUAAAGGAAAAUUGAAGAAAAUCUUAUCCUUUAUGACUAAAAGGCUGGUUAGUAGAUAAUAGGAAAUGACUAAUAUGCGACUUAAAAUGGCAGAAGGAAACAGCCUGUGGAAUGCCAAUUUUAAUGCAGUCUGGUCACCAGCCAGCUAAGGAGAACAUGUUUCCACCAAAAAAAAUUAAAUCUUUUAAAAAAAAAAAAAUUUUGCACAUUUUAAUGAUUAUGUGGAUGUAAAUUGUAAAUACACUGGGAGAUACCUAGACUCCAAGAUGUAUAUUUAGUUUUUUUCAUUUGAAUCUGCAAUUUGUUUAAAGUCCUCAGUUUCUUGAUUUUUAGAUUCUUAAUUUUUUUUCUUCAGUGAAGACUUUCAACGUUUGGCAAUUUAAACAUAAAUAAUUUUUUCAAGCGAAAGGUUGUGGAAUGUUUUGCAAAUAAACCAACUCUCUGAUUUAUUUUUUUCCUAAAUUAAACUUCUGUUAAUGGUUAUAUUGAUUUCUAACUCGCUGAAAAUUUAAUGUAAACUCAAUGGCUUGCACUGCAAGAAAUGCCAACUAUUAACUGUUCUCCAGUAAAAUUUAGUUUGUCCUGUUCUUGGAAGCUGCUUUAAUAUUGCACUCUGUGUCUUGGCUGAUCAGCCUAACUGCUGCUCUGCCUUAUUGACAUUUGUAAUGUGUGGCUGUUCUUCCUGUAAACUGGCUGCACUGUGGAAGCAUUUGCAGACUGGCCAUGACAUUUUUGCUAGCGCGCAUGGUAUGGAUUAAGUGACCUCAUGACCAAGAAUAGUGAUGCGCGCGCACGAUGUUGACACCAUGGUGCACAGUUACCACUGGGACAGCAUUUUUACUGGCCCAGAGAGACUGGCUGCAGCCAAGCAGACCCUUUUUUUUAAGAAGAGGUCUUUCAGGCUGCCAGCCUUAAAUCGGUAGAUUUAGUUUAUUAUAGUAGCCAACUGCACAAGGCUUGAGUUACAGCUCCUGGUAGCUCAAGACCGAUAUGAAAUGUAUCUCUGGAUAGUUGUUUGGUGGGAUUUUGGGUUUUGUGCACCGUUUCUAUCUCUGACCUGAAAGAAUAGUUACAAAAUGAUGAGCACUAGUAGCACUUAACUGUUCAGUGGUAGGAGGUGUUGUGUCAAAGCAUUAUUGAACAGUGAAGCUCAAUAACCUCUCCAGUUUGCAGCUUAUAGGAAGUAACUCCAAAGAUUAGAGUAUAAGUAAAGCACACAAAUGUUGGUUUGUCCUUGGGGACUUUAUAUUCUAAAUCCAAAUGUUGGCAUCUCCUAUUUUUGCUGAAUAGAUGUAGACCAAGUUUCCUUAGAGCCGUUCUCAAAAUGGUUAGUCUCUCCGUACAAUAUUCGAGUGUCUUAUUUAAUUGUAUAGCUUAAACUUCAAAGCAUGUUUAUGGAAACACUUACAGCUUGUGCAUGUAAAAACUUUUGUUUCUAGAUCAAAAUGGAACAGUCUAUAAAUAGCGAAGAUGUGACUAUUUUUCCCCUAUACAAAUGAUAUAUUUUUGCAACGCACAGAAUGAAUAUCAGAAAUGCAAAUUAAGUUUACUGAACAGAAAUGUUCUCCAGCUUUCAAUACACAAGUAGAUUAAGUGCUUUCUUUCGUUUGUCGUUUUCUGCUUCGUUUCAUUCCUUGUCGUUUUCUGCUUCGUUUCAUUCUGUUAUGCACUUUGCCUUGUGUUCUGCCAAUAAAUACAGUCAAGCUUUCAUUUUUUGCCAACAUGGUAAGAGUUGAUGCCAUGUGGAAUGAGAGUGUAUGUUUGAGGGAGGGGAUAAAGUGGGGGAAAUUGGAAGUAGCUCAUAGACUGGUGCAUAAAGCAGUUACCAUAGGCUCAUGAAAUGUAUAUUUAAUCAUAUGUUAUAGGUUUUUGUGGAUAUUGAUAUUUUAUGGUACAUGGUUCUGAAUGCUGUAGAGAUAUUUUUUGACCUUUAGCACCCUGCUGAAAGACCUACAAUGAAUUAGGUUGCAAUUUUUUUUUUGGAGUAUUUUUUGGGGGAGAACUGUGUAAAGGGAAAGGAGGGGACUCCAAUUAAGUUGUGAUUAACAUAGAAUAUUUGUAAAUAAGAGACUGGAUUUAGUUUCGCAAUGUGGUUUCCAACUUAGAUAUCACUUGUGCACAAAAUGGAACCAAAACUCAAACGAAAGAACCCUUCAGAGAUGGCAUAGUUUCUAUACUAGUUCCAAAAAACAUACAUAAGAGAGACACUUCCAUUUUCCCAAUGAACCUGCUUUGUAGAUAUCAUUUGUGUCUGUGUUCUGUUAAGUUUCAGCAAAUGUGUAAUGGAAAGUGUACUUCUAGGAGCUUCCAUUGCUCAAAGGAUUUAAUUUGCUGCUCUUGCAUGUAAUAAAAUUGGCCAAAGUUGCGUUCUCCAUCUGGAUUGACGGUUUUGCUUGUACCUUUUUGUACAUUGUAGUUUGUGAUACUUGUAAAACAAUUUAAUGCCAAAUAGGAGUAAAAUCAUGAGAAUUUCAAGUAACUUUGUUAAAAUCACUGGUAUUGUAAUUUGGAUAUGUUUUUCUAUUGAUCACCAUUGUAUAAUUUAAAAAUGUUUAAAUUGAAAUAAAGAAAUUCUUUCCAGUUUCUCUCUUA